AGUCUCUUCGUUUAUCCACUGCAACUACUACAGGGGCAGCCUACUUUGCUGUUUCCGCUUGCUUUUCUCUCUCUUUUGUUUUUUUGUUCCUUUUUUCAUGCUUGAGCACUAGUGAGAGUGAGAGCACUCGUGACGUGUGCUGGUACCAGCAACGGCCUGACGUUUUCUGGCCAACUUUUCCGUGUAUGUCGCAGGAUCUAACAAGGGAGAAGGAACCGAACGGACAAAAUUCUCGGCAGGAUCAGAUUCAGAGCACAGCACCCACCGCCACCGGAGGGAAACAAAGCAGAGCAACCGCUCUCUGCUCCUGCUCGGCUGCUCCCCUUGACAAUGACGAGUACCGUCGCCACCUCCCAGCACAGGAAGCCGGCGACUUCCCGCUUUGGUUAGGCCUGCCGUCCACGCCCCGGCGACUCAUUUUUCUUCGUUCCGUUGGUAUGUGUAUGUCCCACAGCUGCUGGUGAUGUCGACGGCGCGUUCGUCGCCUCCACAAGUCAUCUCUCGCUCCCCGCCUAUAUAUACGCUGCCGCUCCGGUUCCCGUCCCACAAGACUCAUCCCGUGUCCCGUCCUUCGCGCGGAGCCCCGAGAGAGGACGGGAGGGGGAAGGUCGGCCGUGCGCGUGCUGCUAUCGCAGGUUGAUUCAUGAGGGUGUGACGUUGCAGCUUUACUCUUCUUGAUUCGGCCCCUUCUUAAAUUACAAUAAUAGCUUUGAUAAGUGGUUUCUCUGUUCUUGGCUCAGGGGUCUCUGGGUUCAGUCUAGGCCGCUAGGCUUGUUUCUUUCAUAGCUCUACCCGGUUUUAAUUUUUGCUAGAUCAAUCUGCACUGUUAUUAUCUUCAACAACCAGAUUGUGUUGGUCUUCCUUCCAAUUGAUGUGGGAAUUUCUGGUCUCCAAGAGCAAAUGAAUGCUCAGAUAACAUCAUUUCAACGAUAUAACUGCAUAUGGUUUAAUAAUUUGGGUGCCAUUAGCCAUUAAGAGAGUCCAUGACUACUGUCAGAUCAUAAUAUUGCACACUGUUCAUCAUCUCUGUACCUGAUGAUGCCAACAGCGUUCUUAAUAGCCACAGAUGUUUAGUCCAACAACUGCAUAAGAAGGACGUGCCUGGAGGUCUACUAAGUCAAAAGUUGUUGGCUGAAUUAUAUAUCCUUGUUAUCAAGCCUAUCAACCAUUACCUUCCCUUUGUUUAUUGUUCUUGUCUUCUCAAAGAUCACUAGAUAUGCUUGCAGCCGAGCGCUUUGUUGUGUUCAGUCCCGUUGAGUAUAUACCGCCAAAGCUUUGAGUUGUGCAAGGAAUUCAUGCGCAACUCAGUCUCUGAAAAUUGUUAAAGCACUGAUUGCCAUUUUAGCAAUAAUCAUUAUGAUAGGCUUGCAUCCUCCUUCCUACCAUUCGCUGUGUGGUCAAUUCUGUCUCCUUGGUCUUGUCUUGUCUUAAAGAAAACAAGGAUAACAUCAGGUCGGUGUUUCAGUGAUCUGGCGACCUUAUCCAAAGCCAUUGUCUAGGAGCUAGGACGCACGUUAAUUCGCUUGAGAAGCAGGUUAGGGAAAUGCCAAAAAUAAUUAGUGAAAAGGCUUAUGUAGUAGUAGUACUACUAGUAUAAAUAAUGACACAAGAGGCAUCCUGCCAAGGUCAGUCACAUAGUGCAUUACGUAACGUUUUCUACUCCUUGUCUGAAGUAGUAGUAGUACCUUGUUUAGCACGGGACCCUCUUAGGUUUGGCUAGGCUGAUUACGACACAACAAUAUCCUGAAAAUUCUCUGGGCCAAGCAACCCCAUGGUUCCCUUUCUUACAGUUGUAGCAUGUGUCCCUUUCGGAUCUUGGUGACACUGCCCACCUUGUCACGACGGCGUCCACACAUGAACCCGGACGGCACCGCGCGCCACAAAUCUGCAAUUUUGCGUGGCUUGCUCCGUCCCUCUCGUUAGUUGUCCUGCCCUAGUCGGAUUGAUGAUAAUCUCACUACGGUUUGAUCAAGAUGUCUACCUUGAAUUAUUGAUUGCGCCGUGAACUGUCGAAGGUGCAAGAGCAGGAUGAAUCAGGUUAGCGAGGAGCCUAGGGAUGAUCCGUCCAAGAGAGUGAGCGGGGGCGCGCCGGCGGCGGCCCGCGCCGGCUGCUUCGACUGCAACAUCUGCCUGGACUUCGCGGUGGAGCCGGUGGUCACCCUCUGCGGCCAUCUCUACUGCUGGCCUUGCAUUUACGAGUGGCUGCGCCGCGACGCCGGCGGCGGCACCAUCUCGACGGCAGGGCGGCCGUGCCCCGUGUGCAAGGCCGCGCUCACGCUGGACUCGCUCGUGCCGCUCUACGGCCGUGGCGGCAGCCGGUCCAGCAAGUCACGGCUCCACCCGGCCCUUCCGCGCCGGCCGACCGUGCACCGGGGAGCCGUCGAGCAACAGAGAGCGCAAACCAGCGGUGGCAGUGGCCGCCGGCACGUGAGCACGGAACCCGAUUCGCCAACUCGUUCAUCCCGUCACGCGCAUGUCGGUGCCGCGCAGUUCGACAUCAUGUACCCUCCUCCGGCCCUGGGGCGCGGCAUGAACGCGAUGAACUCGACGGCCGGCGGGGUGCUCGGAGGGAUGGCCCUGGCGUUGCUCCCCUGGGUGUUCGGUGGCCAGGCGCCGGCGCCGAGCUACCCCCUGGGCGAGCUGCAAAACCUGAGCCCUAGGCUGAGGCGGCAGCACAUGGAGGUGGAGAGGUCUUUGCAUCAGUUAUUGUUCUUCCUCUUUGUGUUCGUAGUGCUGUGCCUGCUCUUGUUCUGAUCUCCCGGAGCACAUUCGUGCAACUUCUGUACAGAUAGCGUGUCGUGUACAUAGUACAACUCUUAAAAAAGAGGUCAUGUGUUAGCACUAUUAACCAAAUGUCCAGCCUACCUGCUGUUGUGACAAGUUCGAUCAUACAUGAACAAACAACUCCUGUAGUGUCA